UCGACCAUCCCCUUCACCAUUCCUCAUUCCUUUAAACAUGUCCAAGCCCUUUCCAGCUGUAUAUCCCUUUCUUGGGAUUCUCUAUCUAUCUCAGCAUAUCCGCCAGCUCGGGCCUCAAUUCUUGCGUUCCCUCCUGAUCUCGUUCCUGACCACCCUCGCCAUCCUCCUUCCCCUCUCUGCCCUUACCUUCAAAUACCAGCGUCGUUUCAUUCUGUCCAUCCUUCGCUUCUUCUUUGCGUCGUUCUCUCUUUUCUUACCCUCAUCAAAAUCCAUCUCGUUGCUCGGUUUCGAUUUAACGACAUGGUCAGCUCUCGUCCUAACCAUGGGUGAGACCUCGCUCCUAGUUGCGCUGAUCAUGGGCGAAGUCCUCAAGAAGGAGAAAUCUAAGGGUCUUUUCAAGGUUGUGAUUGCACAGCAGAACGUUAUCAUGGGCCCUCUCGCGAGUGUCACCCACCUCCACGGCGUCAAUAAGGGGCCGCGUCAGAAGGAGAAUACACUCAACACAAUCGAUGAGAGCGACGAUACGGUUACUGUGGCGGCUACAGAGGCUAUGAUCUCACGCAAGGAGUCCAAGCACCGAAAGCGGAAUGUCGUCAAAUCGGUAUCAGUGCAGGUCGGCCAGCGGAUCUUUCUCUGGUUCGUGACUCUGCCGCUGAACUUUUUUCCGAUCGCUGGUCCCAUCACGUUCUGCUACAUCAAUGGCAAGGCGCGUGCGCCGGACAUUCAUCGGCGGUACUUUGAUAUGAAGGAUAUGACGGUUGACGAGAGAAAGGAAUGGGUUAGGAAGCGCCAAGUAGAUUACACAACGUUCGCGUUUGUGAGCCAAGGACUGGAGUUGGUGCCAAUAUUUGGCAUCUUCUUUGGGUUCACAAACACCAUCGGGGCUGCACUGUGGGCAGCAGACAUGGAGCGAGACCAAGAUGCCCUCAGGAACAAAAAACUCUUGGAGGACGCAUACGCAUCCGAGUCGUGAGGAGGAUAAUAAAGAAAGGUUCCUCAAUAUAACAAUAGCCUUUGUCCUUUCUUUUCUUUUUGUAGUUUGAUAAGGAGAGAGUAUGGGUCGUGAGACCCUCCAAAAAUUGCCGCACGAAAGACGAGCUCUCGUGAAGACGGGGUAUGGAUGAAAGUUUUCAAACAGCAAUAAAAUAACCUCAGCUGGGGCUUCACUGGUCAUUUCUUGCACCUGCAC